AUGCCUCGUGUCCUUGUAUGUGAUUGGGACGAAACCAUCACAACCAAAGACACAACACUGCUAGUCGCCCAAACAGCAUAUGUGCACAAACAAAACCUUCCGCCGUUCGACACGUUUGUCCAAAUGUAUCUUGAUGCUGCGGCCAAGUUUUCCGCACAAAAGCUUCCUCGCCUGUCGGUCGAGGAGGAGGAACAGUAUCAGCGGCGCGCGCGAGAAAUGGAGAUGGUAUCUAUCGGCGCCAUCGAACGGGCGGGCAUUUUUCUGGGGCUCACGCGCGCGGACUUUGAGGCGCAGGCGCUGCAAGUUGUGCUUCGCCCGGGCUUUGUGCAGCUUGUGGCUAAGGCACGCGAAACUCGCACCCCGAUGUACAUUGUGAGCGUCAAUUGGAGCAAAACCUUCAUCGAGGCCGCACUCGCUCUUCACGGCGUGCAUGACAUUGUUGUGCGGUCAAAUGACUUUGAGUUUGAUAAUAACGGCAUCUGCACAGGAAAGUUUGACCGGCAGUGGGAUAUUAGGACGGGCGCAGAUAAGAAGGAGGAGCUUGAAUCGGUGCGGGCCGCGCAUGCCGCGGCGCAUGUCAUUUACGUCGGCGACAGUUCAGGCGAUGUUUUGCCGCUUCGGGUAGCAGACACCGGCGUGGUGAUGCGAGGCGGGCGCGCGCGCGAUUCUUUUGCGUCCUUGCCUGCGCUUGCGCGAAUGGCGCCGGGCGUAUUCGAGGGCGACUUUUUUGACUUGGCGCAUGCAUGGUAG